UUAGACAGAGCUGUGUUCAGGCAGACUCACUCACUCUGUGUUUGCACAGUCCAGCCGAGUCCGGCUCCGUUUUUUUACACGUUUUAUUUUUUUAAACAUUUUGUGGACCGAAGGUAUCCCGUGGACGAGAUGUUGGAGACGGUCGCUUCGCCAAAAUGAACACAGACUGCACCAAGCCUUCGGUUGCUCCGAAGCCAAGAUUUGUUUGUCACGCCAGCCAUAAGCUGCCCUCCCCUCUCAUGUCCGCAGCCAGGGGUCCCAAACCUUCUAUCGCCCCAAAACCUAAAGUCACACCACAGCUUAACUGCAACGAGGGAGGAUGCAUCAACGGCGGCUUACUGACUCCAGAUGGCGAGGCUGACGAGGACCACGAGACAGAGAACAGUCUAAACAAAGUGGUUGCAGAGAAACAAUUUAAUGCCUACAUCCUCAAAGAUGUUCAAGGGUGGGAGGACGGAGAGGCGGAAAAGGAAGAGGAAGAAGACGUGAUUCAUAAGAUGGACGAGGACUGGGGGUUAACCGACAGCGCUCUUACAGAGGAGGUGGACUCCCUGGAAACACUUUGGGUCAGUGAUGCUGGAGUCACAGCUGACUCCGAGGACAUGGUGGAGAUGGUUGACACGGAUGUGACUGAGGACAUGGACGCCGAUGGUUGUGACGCCGGCGAGGCGCUGGCUGACACAGAUGGCCUCUCAGUGGGAAACAUUUCUGUUAAUAGCAUUGAUGAAGAUGCUGGCUGCUGUUCCUCUGAAAAUCGAGACAUGAGGGAGAGGCAGCUCCAAAUCAAGGAUGAUGACUGUACAGCAGAUGAUCUAACGGAGUCCCUCACAGACGAACCGGCUCUCCUCAGCAAUGAGAACAUUAAGGACGCUGAUACACAAGUUUUUCUAACAGAUGGAGAGGAGAAAGAAGAGGAAUCUGCUCCUGACUGUGGCAUCACUUGCAACAUCCUAAAGUUUAGAUGUGGCCAUAAAAUGAAGGAAAAGGGUGAAAACCUGCAGAACAUUGGUUUUUCUGACUUCAUCCCUGAAGAUCACAAUCAGGCUUGUGACGCAACUAAUGAUGAUGCUGAGGAGAAUGAUCCAGCUCAUGAGCCUUAUUACGUCUCUUCAAAGGACAUUAUUAACAGAGAUAUGAUGCCAAGGAAUAACAAAGCUCACGGAGCACCACAGAGUCCACUUUCAUCUGUAAACAGCAGUGAAAUAUCAGCUGGGAAUUAUGAGGAAACAGGAAACGGACAAACAGAGUGUGUGUCCUCUGAGGAUUACGUGGCAGUUGGAAACAGUUUUGAGUACAGCAGCUUAAACAGCAAUGAAAACAAGGUGAGAAUAUUCCAGAAAAGGAUUCAAGACUCCAAAGCUCGUACAGUGGAGGCUUUGCUCGAUGACGAAGGCUGCCAGCCGAGGUUCAGGCUGGUGUCCAUCUCAGUGCCGACAGACACUGACACCUCACUUACAUCUUCUCUCUCGGAAAGCCAGCUGCUUUCUCCGAGUGACUCCGUCUUUGAGGAACACCUGGACGGUCACAUAGUGCCGUUCCUGGAUGACACCACUGACACGGAGCAGGACAUCACUGAUGAGCAUGUGUACGAGGAACCAGGGCACAGCUCAGAGGGUGAAAAUGUUUUUCCUUUUCAUAAUAAGACAGCAGAGGGGCGCUCCCGCUCACUGUCACACCGCAAUAAUGAUAACGUGGCUGAGAUAGGAGUGCAGUUUGUUCAGAGGCCUUACAUGAGUGGAUUUGGACAACCUGCGUUGAGCAGCAGCCCCAUGUUGAGCUCAAUGCGGCCCAAGAGCUACAGCAAACCCCACUAUUUGUCUCUGUACCCCCGCUCCCUUUCCAUGGAGGGACAAGACAUGCCUCUGGGUGUCUACAGCUACAUGGAAGGAUCCCCGAGACAGGGAGGUGCCAUUUGUUCAUCUGGAAGCUUCUCACGGUGCUCACCUCUGUCAUCCAGCAGCCUCUCCACUCCAACAUCCGUAGUGGACAUCCCACCUCCAUUUGAGCUGGCAUACAUCACCAAGAGGCCCAUCACAAAGAGUUCCCCCUCGCUUCUUAUAGAGGGAGAUUCAUCGGAGAAAAACAGGAAAAAGAAAUCCUCCAUUAAACGUUUCCUGAUGCUUAAAUUUAGAAGGAAAACAGAGAGCAAGCCUGUGGUGGAUGUCAACCCGUCCUUAUUCAAGUCCUCACCAGACUCCAACCACCACACGCCCAGCAGACUGCUGGACCCAGAUAGACGCAGCAUCAGUAGCUCUCCACAACUCAACUCACGCUUUGCGAGUAAACCUGUUUCAUCUGAGCCAGUGUCCUCCCUCUUGCUCUACCAGGAGAGCAAACGAAAAGGGAAUUCGGUGGCCUUUCUCAAUCGCAGCGUUGUCCGGGUGGAGUCUUUUGAGGACCGCUCCCGUGUGCCUUUCAUUCCUCUUCCCUUGACCAAGCCUCGCUCCAUCUCCUUCCCCAAUGCAGAUACCUCGGACUAUGAGAAUGUCCCCGCCAUCAGCUCGGAUUACGAGAAUGUUCAGGUACCACAGCGGAGGCCCGUCCGACAGCCACUGUUCACAGACUUCUUCGACCGUCCCAGUCGCGUGCUGUCCUCUGCUAAUGAAACUGACGGUUAUGUGGACAUGAGCAGCCUCCCUGGGUUCAAGAGUAAAACUCAGUCAACUGAACAGGAAACAGAAAGUGCCUAUACAGAAGCCUACAACGUGUGUUCGAUGGCUGUUGCUCCACAGUCUGUCUCAGUGGGUGAUGUGGAAGAGACGGCGGGUGAAGAAGAACAAGGACGCACCUCUGAGGAGGAGGACGGAGUCGCAGACAGCAUUUAUGACAGACAGCCCGACGGCCGAUCCAGAGCUUUUUACAUCGCGAAGGAGCUGGUGGAUACAGAGAGAUUACACGUGAAAGCCCUCAAGCUGCUCCAGGAAGACUUUCGGGAAGCAGUGGGGGCUGCAGUCGGGGAUGAGGGGGAUCCUGUGUUGGAUGAAGAGAGACUUCGAGAGAUUCUCAAUGAGCUGCCCGAUGUUUACACUCUGCACCGCAGGAUCCUCACCGAGCUGGAGUAUCGUAUCCGACAUUGGGAGGAGAGCCAGAGGAUUGCAGAUGUCUUCCUCUCCAGAAAAGCAGAGUUCCUGGUUUUCACCACUUAUAUUGGCCACUACGACCGCAGUAUGAACCUGCUGGAGGACAGCUGCCGGACGUCACCUGCCUUUGCCGCCAUUGUUCAACAGUUUGAGCAGCAGAGUCCAGCUGGGGAAAAAGUGUCUCUGAAACAUCAGCUGCUGCAGGUCAUCGUGCGUGUGGCUCAGUACCGCAUGCUCCUCACUGAUUACCUGAACAACCUCUCCCCCGAUUCCAAGGAAUAUGAGGACACCCAAGCUGCUGUGGCCGUAGUGUCCGACAUUGCAGAUCAAGCAAAUGACAGCUUAAAACAUGGGGAGAACUUGUUGCGUCUGGUCAACAUAGAGUACAGUGUUCGUGGCCAGCGGGACCUGCUGCAGCCUGGCAGGGUGUUUGUGAAGGAGGGCACUCUGAUGAAGGUCAGCAGGAAGAGUCGACAACCCCGCCAUCUGUUUCUGAUGAAUGACGUGCUGCUGUACACCUACCCUCAGCAGGACGGGAAAUACAGACUAAAGAAUACUCUGCCACUCACCGGCCUGAAGGUCAGUAAACCCAUCGUGGAAAAUGUCCAAAAUGCUCUUAGGAUCGAAGGAUCAGACAUCUCCAUCACUCUGUCUGCAAGUUCCUUUAUUGAAAGAGAGGACUGGUUUUACACUCUGAGUCGCACUGUGACUGAACAUGCCAGAGGAUCUGUAGCACUCAACGGCUGCUCAGGAGAGGUCAGAGAUCGUCUGCGGCUGACUCUGGGAGAGAAAGCUCCCACACUUGUUCCAGUCUCACAAGUGAUGAUGUGCAUGAACUGCACCUCAGAUUUCAGCCUCACUCUGCGAAGACACCACUGCUAUGGCUGCGGAAGAAUUGUUUGUCGGAGCUGCUCCAGGAACAGAUAUCCACUGAAAUAUAUGAAAGACAGGAUGGCCAAAGUGUGUGAUCACUGUUACAACGAGCUAAAGAAGAGAGGAGGCGACGUGUCUCCACUGUCAGGUAAGAGUAGCCCUCGUCCAAACCGCUCCAGUCGUCCUCUCUCUGCUGUGUUCCAAAACAUUCAUCCUCCCAACAUCUGGAGACAUCGCAAAGGCACCAUCUCCUUCACCCAGGUGACAGUGUCGGAGGAGGGCUCCAUCAGUGGCACUCUGCAGCGCAGCAAGAAGAGCAAGAGGAACUGGAAGAGACUGUGGUUCCUCCUAAGAGACAAGGUGCUUUACACCUACCGAGCCCAAGAGGAGAAAGUAGCAUCAGAGACUUUACCUCUGCUGGGUUUCACAGUGAAACUGCCUGAGCAGCAGGGAGGAGAAGAGGAGGCCAACAUCUUCCAGCUUUAUCACAAAAACACUUUGUAUUACUCCUUUAAAGCUGAGGACAACUUCACAGCCCAGAGGUGGGUAAACGCCAUGGAGGAAGCCACAGUUUUAUAGGAUCAGCUACUUCGGGUGGAAAUAGAGGUCUGCUACUUUUCUCCUGCUACAAACAGACUGAGAAACGAAAAGGGAAAGAUAAUGAUAUUUGAUUAUGUCUGCAAGUUAUAAUGAGGACUGAAUAAAAAAGAAGACAUCUUGUUCUUUGAGAGGGGACAUGAUUACCUACUUUGUAAACCUCCAGUGUCCCUGCCUGCUGAUACCGCAGGUGUGACACUGAGAGCCAUGAGAAGCGUUGGCCCAGAAACCUGCCAGUGUGGAACAUUACACUGAUGUGACCUGUAUUUCCCCCAAAACUUGAUCAGCAACAUUCCUCCAAAUCCUGGGCAAGAUUUUAGGAAAAGAAAGAUAUUCUAUGAUUUCUAGUAUUUUUUCACCAUAUUAAAUAUUAAAAAAAAAAACAACAUAAAGACAUAAUUAUGAUAACAGAACAAACAUA